CAAUAUUAGGAGUGAUGGAGCCGGAAAAAACGGCCGCGACCUUCCUUCUUUGAGCGGCCUAAGCAGACUGUCAUAUAAUGCAGGUUUUUGUAAAGGGUUAGUGGAAAAUGAUUCGGAAAUUUAGGGUGCGUAAUGAGCAUCUGCGCGACGGCCCUGCGCGUUAAAUUAAUAUAAUCGAGAAUCUCCGAGGAUCCCCGACAGUGUACAGCAGCGCCAUGUUCGUCGCAUAGAAAAGUGUCCCUGUCCGUGGAGAGUUGAAAGUUCAUUUCCCGUGAAUGUUAUCCGUGUAAAAUAUCCAAUCUCCCAGCGAUGGAGGAGACAAAGAUAAUAUAUCACAUCGACGACGAGGAGACUCCAUACCUUGUUAAGCUCACCAUUUCACCGGAAAGAGUGACCCUGGCCGAUUUCAAGAAUGUUUUAAAUCGUCCGAGCUACAAGUAUUUCUUCAAAUCGAUGGACGACGAUUUCGGCGUUGUCAAGGAAGAAAUAGUUGACGAUGACGCACACUUACCAUGUUUCAACGGGAGAGUUGUAUCUUGGCUGGUAUCAGCAGAAGGCAGCAAUGUAUCGGAUGGUGCAUCACAAUGCACAGAUUCUGUGGCAAAUAGUGAGGCUAAGCACGAUCGCACAGACCAUGUUACUCCGGGACACAUGAAUCGCCCACCACCACCAAUGUCCAAUGACGAUACCCUAACAGAAACUGAAAGUAUUAUUAGCAGUAGACAAGGCCACCAUUUGCACAAAAGUUCGAGACAUCAUCCAGACAAAUAUGACAGACACAAUAAGUAUAACGGCUUACGUAUAAACGGUCAUUCCAAACAUCGUUCCGGGCACGGCUAUGAAACUGCUUCGAUCUUAAGCUCAGACUUGGAAACUACCACAUUUCUGGAGUCAGAUGAUGAUGCAAGCAGUCGAAUCACCUCUACAACUGGACGUCACACAAACAUGAGCAGCGCAAUAGACCGAGCAACAUUAGAUCGUCGUAGACCUCAAAGAAGACGUAGACACAGGUUACCACCCAUGUCGCGGACUUCGUCUUUCAGCAGCAUCACUGACAGCACCAUGUCCCUUAACAUAAUUACUGUCUCACUCAAUAUGGACACUGUCAAUUUCCUUGGUAUCAGCAUUGUCGGUCAAAGUAACAAAGGAGGAGAUGGUGGUAUCUACGUUGGCUCUAUAAUGAAAGGAGGUGCUGUGGCAUUGGAUGGAAGAAUAGAACCAGGUGACAUGAUACUCCAAGUGAACGAUAUCAAUUUUGAAAACAUGUCCAACGACGAGGCUGUCAGGGUGUUACGAGAAGUCGUUCAAAAACCUGGACCGAUCAAAUUGGUGGUGGCUAAAUGUUGGGAUCCAAACCCCAAGGGUUAUUUUACCAUCCCUCGUACGGAGCCAGUGCGCCCAAUAGAUCCAGGUGCGUGGGUAGCACAUACGGCAGCUAUAAGAGGCGAGGGUUUUCCACCUCGACCACCUAGUGCCACAACUCUUACCUCAACCUCCAGUAGUCUUGCCAGCACAAUCCCAGAUACCGAACGUCCAAUAGAAGAGUUACAUCUCACCAUAAACACGGACAUGCCCACGAUUGUUCGUGCAAUGGCAAGGCCAGACUCUGGGCUAGAAAUUCGUGAUCGCAUGUGGUUGAAAAUAACUAUUCCAAAUGCAUUUAUCGGCGCUGAUGUAGUAGAUUGGCUCAAUUCCCACGUCGAAGGAUUUAUAGACAGACGUGACGCUCGGAAGUAUGCCUCGCUAAUGCUCAAGGCAGGCUUCAUCAGGCACACAGUCAACAAAAUAACAUUUUCAGAACAGUGCUAUUAUAUUUUUGGUGAUUUGUGCUCCGCCAUGAGUAGUAUGAAAUUAGAUUGUGACACAGUUGGACCUUUGCCACCACCUUCAGCGUGGGACAUGCCAUAUUCUGGAACCUACGCACCCCACUCAGCAACUGGAUACAGUCCAAUGCCGUUCAACUUCACAAAUGAGCCUACUGUUUACGGAUAUCACCGCGAGGAGAGUGUACAUAGUGGAUCAGGUGGUAGUAGCGCCGGAAGUGAGCAUAUUUGUAAAGAGCCGAUUCAUGAUCUCAAAUCUUGUUCUUCUGCGUCUGAAUCGGACUUGCAUAUUCCAACCAUACCAAGUAUGCCUAACAAAAACUCUGGCAAUGGCAACGGAUCCAAUGGGAAAAGAUCAAACGGGAGUCGCAGUCGAUCCAGUGGAUCCGAACAAUCCGUGCAGACUGGAACCGGUUCGGGAAAUCAGCAAGAUUUAUCUGGUAGUAGACAGUCAUUUCGCAUUGCGAUGGGAAACCCUUGCGAAUUUUUUGUCGAUGUUAUGUAGAUGCCGGUGUUGUAUAUAGUUGAGCGCAAUUCUUAGUCGGAACGCACUGAUGGGAUCAAGUAGUAGUGAAAGUUGAAAAUUAAGACAAUAAUUCUUAUUAUUUAUUUUUGGCUCACAAUUUUGUCAGUCAAAGUCUGUGACUCAAUUUUCUCAUUCAAAUGAUGACAGGAACUUUUCACUUUCACAUUACAUCUCGAAUGAUAACGUUCCAUUCUUAGAAGUAAAAGUUUUACGUUUAUUGGUAGCAUUUUGUUUGCAGAUAAUUUGCAGACUUGGUGUGUGGGAAUUGUGUCAUGAUAAUGGAAUGCAACCGUAGUAAAAUUGAUUAUAAUAAUUUAUAGAGUUCCUGCACUUGGUCUAUAAUUUUUUUUCUUAAUAUACCUUCAGUUCACAAAAUAAGAAAAGGUGUCCAUCGUUUCAUAGUCAGAUUCGAAUUUCUAUGAUCGUCUAAAGAAAUCUGUAGGUACGCUGUGACGUUAAUUUUGAAAUACUCAUGGGGCUUUCGUGAACAAAAAGAUUGCGAGCACGAUACAUUUGUUAACAACGCAAAUAUCCUUAUCUUCAAACAGAAUGUUUACACCUUAAUAUUAAACUAAAACUAACAUUGUUGAUGGAAUUGAAUAUUCGCACAUACCAAGCCGGCAUCACACUUGUUUGCACAAUAUAUUUCACAUCGCAAGCUAUUUUUGAAACUCCAUCUAUCCUAGGAAUAAUAAUUCCUUGCAUGUGGUAAGUGAAUGUAUAUACUAAUCUGGCUCUGGACUAAAAAUUUAGAAUUUCAGCCUUCUAUUUCUUCUUCUACUGUACAUUUUGCACAAAUAGAUCACUUUUAAUUCAAUAUAUUCCAAUUUUUAACGCAGCUAUGUAAUGGGACAGUUUUUUUCUUGACAAGUAACUUUCAGCUACCCCUGUUAGUACUAAAUUUUCUUUGAAUAUCUCGGUUAGCUCCUGCCACAGCUUGCCCCUUCUGCCCGCAGACCUAAUAUGCAACUCCAAAUUAUUUAUCCGAGUAAUGCAUUGAAGUUUAUAAUUAUUUUUAAUACUAUUAUCGUUUACAUUAUUACCGUCAACAAAAACUAGGAUCCUAAGCUGAAGUGCCUAAAAUUAAUCUUGAUACCAUCGUUGAUCGCUUGAUUAUCUCAUCGUAGAAACCGAUUUAAAUUUAUUUUGAACUUCGUCAUUUUGUAAAAAAAAAUUUAAGACAUAAUCGUAACACAACGUGAUACAAAUAUAUUUUUUUCAACCGCCGAUACUAGUUGUGGAAAUGAGCAAACGCAAUUAAAGUAAUGGUUCUUUUCUAGUUUCAUCUAAACAAGUCAUUGAACUUGCCACUAUUCUAUUUCUUAUACGCUAGGAAAGCACAACCGCACGAACAAUAUAGCACCGCAUGAUAUAACCGGACAUACUGAUAGUGUUUGUUGGAAAGACAAUGGAGAAUAUUACAUACGUUUGCAUGACAUUAAAAUUUUUUCAGUUGAAUUUUCGAGUAUGAAUAUUAUUAAUUUUGUUCCAUUGGUUACAUUUUAGGGCUAUCUUCAACAAUGGGGCAGCUAUUUCUUUAAAAAAAAAAAAAAAUGGAUGGAAUUAUUAUUAUAUAAUUAAGUAUUCAAUAUUUUGCCCAAUUAUUAGAAGUAACACGCUAGUUGCGCCAGCUAUUGGUGGAUAAAAAGCUAUUGCAUGAGAUCUUUAUUGUUCGGUAUCAGAGAAUCGAUGUCGAGAGCAACAAGUAUCAAUCAUUUUCAUUAUCAAUGCACAAUUAAUCGACCCAACAAUCUUUUUUUAUUGAACUCAGGUCAUGUUUGAGGUCCGGAAUUUUGCUGCCAGCAGUGAAACGAUUAGUGAAAGUCUCUAAAUUUUAUUAGUUGAAUUCUGGCUGUUAUCAUUUGGAAAAAUUUAUUUACUACUCCAGAGUUUAUUUCGAAUUUAUUAUCGAAUGGUUGAAAAUCUGUCAAACCUCAAUUCUCUCACAGCCACCCACAAACUCGUGUCAUUAGCAAAAUCAAACACUAUCCAAAAAAUCCACAGCUUAGCAUAUAAAAAAACAAUGUUGUUAAUACACCGUGUUCAAUAUAUUAAAAAUCGAAAUACUUUUAUUUAUUGAAGCUAUGAAACAUGUUAAGGUACACUGUUGUAGAAGUGUAUGAUCCAUUGAUUUGGUAAAAUCAAUUAAUGCUCCUAACUUGAGUAUAUAAAUUUAUAUAUUUAACCAGAGAGUGAAAGGCAGUUAUUGCUUUUAUAAAUAAGAUUGGAUUUACACGAAACAACAAAGUCUUGAGCGAUCGAGAUGAGUAGGUAUCAACACACAUACACACAUAGUACACCAAGUUAUAAUUUCAUGUGUAAAUAGUAAAGUAUGCUCAUGCUGAAUGUGCCAUUUUUUCAAUAUACAAAGCGUUUGUACGGAUUAAAAUAAUUAUAAAUAUACUUAAAUGUGUUGAAUAAUUACGGUAUCUGUGUGCUUUUGAUUUGAAAAUUCAUAUGCGCAUUUUUAUACUCUCGUCUUAUGAUCAUUAUUGAAUGAUUUAUAGUUAAUUAGAAAUUAAAAAAUUUUUUACACAGACAAUGUAUAAAGUACAUGUUCAUAAUUUUAGUAGUAGAUUUCAUGCUUAACGAUUAUUCUCAUUAUAAUUCCAUCACUCAUCGUCAGAUUUUGGCAUAAGAAUUUUAGACGUUUUCGUAUCAAUAUAUAUAUCAGACGACUAUAUAGAAUUAUAGAAAAUGUAUUAUUUUAUAAUAUUACUGUCGCUAUAUUAUUGUUGUAAAAUAUAUACUCUUAUUUUAUGUUGUAA